AUGCAAAGUGCCAUCACCCUGUUGCACCAGUCCAUCAGUGUCCCCGCUGCUCAUCUUUCUCAUCGUUCUAGUUAUCUUUUCAUCAAUGACUUCUGUGGAAUCCGAGCUGACGUUGUUUUACUGACUCUUACCCUCCUCGUUACACCAUCACUGGCGUGCAUCCCCGGUUUGUUCGGUGGCGGAGGUGGUGGAGGAGGAGGCGAAUGCUGCUGUCCGCCUCCUGCCUGUGGAGGAGGAAUGGGAGGAGGAAUGGGAGGAAUGGGAGGAAUGGGAUCAUAUGCCGGUGGCGGCGGUGGAAUGGGAGGGCCAGGAGGUGGAUUUGGAGGAGCACCAGCUGCAAUGGCAAAAAGAUACGAAGUGAUUGAACUUCCGUCGGGCGGUGGACCGGGAGGUGGAAUGCCAGGAGGUGGAUAUGCUGCAAUGCCUCCACCGCCUCUACCGCCUCCAGCAGGUGGAAGCUAUGCAGGUGGCGGUGGUGGAGGUUAUCCUGUAGCAGGGAAGAAAAAAUAG